UUUUUUUUAUUUUGUUAGAAAUAUCGUUGGGUCCACAUCGUGGUGUUAAAUGGGAUGAUGAUGAAUUAUUAAGACGAAGAUACGGUGACGAUUUUGAUGAAAUGAGUGGUCCAUUGACUGAUCAAUUGUCUUCAGACAGAGAAACUUUUUUACAAAAAAUAUUAAAAGUAUUUUUUAAAUUUAAUAAAUUAAUUAAAAAUAUUUUUUUUAAAAAGUAUUUAAAAAUUCUAUUGCCCCAUGUUGGUUUAAAUAUUCUUUUAUUUACUUAUAUUUCUCUUGGGGCUAUUGUUUUUAUAUUUUUGGAAGCUGAAAAUGAAUUAGAACAAAGAAGAAAUAAAUUGGCACAAAUACUUCAAAUUUAUAAUUUAAUAAUUAACGAAACUUCCUCUGUUUGCCAUUCGGCAGGCGCUCAUUCAUUAAAUUUAAAUACUGUUGAAAGACGUAUGCGCCCAUUACUUUCAGUACUUUCACGUACACACGAAUAUGAUGAAAGAUUUACUCCAGAAGCACAAAUGUGGACAGAUUCUGAGAAAAGUUUAAACACAAAAUGGACUUUUGCUGCUUCUAGUUUGUAUGCAUUAACUGUUAUUACAUCUACAGGAUAUGAUCAUUUAACCCCUUUAACUGAUGCUGGAAGAAUAUUUACUGUUUUGUAUGGACUAUUAGGAAUUCCUUUAAUGUUUAUUACAGCCGCGGAUAUUGGGAAAUUUCUUUCAGAUUUAGUUAUCAAAACUUAUGGAAAAAUAUUAGCAUUAUUUACUUGGUUAGCUUCCAUUGCAGACACAAUAAGGGAUUUUAUUGUUCAGCCAGAUGAUGAAUCUAUUGAAUCUAGAAAAUGGAGAGAACAUCGAAAACAACGUCGACGUCGUUUAAAUAAUGGUGAAGAUGAUGAAGACGAAGAAGAUGAUGAAGAAAGAGAACGGCUACAAUUACCUAUAUUUAGUUAUUUUGCUUUAGUUGUUGGUUAUUGUGCUAUUGGAAGUGCUUUAUUUAAUGCUUGGGAAAGAGGGGCUGUUUGGUCAUUUAUUCACGGACUUUUUUUCUCUUUUAAUACAAUAACAACAAUUGGUUUAGGGAAUAUUUGUGUAACAAGUAGAAUAUAUUUAAUUUUGGUUAUUCUUUAUGUUAUUAUUGGAUUAGCUGUAAUUACUGCAUCACUCGAUUUAUGUUCAUCAACAUUAAAGAAAACAUUUACUAAACUUCAUUACUUUGGCAGAAAAAUUCGUGAAAUACAUGGAAUACAUGGAUUGAGUAGAGAUAUGAGAGAAGCUAUGAAAAUAAUUUCUGCAAUGAAAAAGAUUAGAGGAAGUAAAGAAAGAAUUACUUUAGAAGAUUUAAAACGUUUUUUGGAAGUACAAGAACAAUUAUUAAGACAGCCAUAUGUUCCUUAUAAUGUACAUAUUUUUAAAUGGAUUGAAGAUGCUUAUUUUCAAUACUUUUCUAAUGAGGACUCAACUUCUUUACCAAGCAGAAAUUCAAUUCGAAAAACAUCACCGGGAGGGCAAGACAAUACCCAACUUCAAUUACCUCCACCACCACCCCCACCUCUUCCAACAAAUAUUCAACAAUAUUACAAAACGGGAAUUAAUAAUAAUAAUUUUAAUCCAAAAUUUCUUUGA